CAAUUAAUUUUAUGUUGGGUUUAUGUACACCGGUUCAUGAAUAUUCCCUCCAAGAACCAGCGUUCGAUUGGAUGCCGGAGACUCGGAAUUCGCCGCCUCGCCGGCGACAAAGCUGCAAACUUUACGGGAACAGUUCUCAGUUUGGACGGCUGGAGACGACACGACCUCAGUCGCUUAUUCCAUCUCUCUCGCUCUCUCUCUCUCUCUCUCUCUCUCUCUCUGAGGCAAUGGCUAUUCAUGAGAGUAAAGCAAUAGAGCAAGCUCAGAGCAGACCCAUCUCCACCAUCGUCUUUAUCGUCGCUAUGAAGGCUGAAGCUGCUCCUAUAGUGGACAGGUUUGGUCUUUCGGAAGAUACGGCAAGGUUCCCAGAAGGUGUCCCCUGGGUUCGCUAUCACGGCAUUUACAAGGACCUGGAAGUAAAUGUAAUUUGGCCAGGACAGGAUCCACUACUCGGCGUAAAUAAUGUCGGUACAAUUUCCGCUGCAUUAGUGACUUACGCAUCUGUCACGGAACUGAAGCCCGACCUAAUCAUUAAUGCAGGCACUGCUGGUGGAUUCGGGUCAAAGGGGGCGUGCGUUGGGGAUGUCUUUCUCGUGUCUCACAUUGCUUUCAAUCACAGAAGGAUACCUCUGCCUAGUUUCGAUGUGUAUGGAAUCGGUCUGCGGCAGGCCUUCUCAACGCCACUUCUUCUGAAAGAGGUUAACUUGAAGGUCGGGAAGCUCUCUACAGGUGAUUCCUUUGAUAUGAGUCCUGAGGAUGAAGCAUUAGUAAGAGCUAUUGAUGCUACUCUUAUAGACAUGGAGGGAGCAGCUGUUGCCUAUGUAGCAGAUCUUCUGAAAGUUCCUGCGAUAUUCGUGAAAGCUGUUACCAACAUCGUGGACGCAGGAAACCCGUCUUUAGAGGAAUUCCACGCGAACUUGGCAGAUGUUUCAGCUACCCUCAAUCAGGCGGUUGGCAGACUCGUGGAUAAAAUCAAUGGAAAGCGCAUGUCCGAACUUUGAUCCGCAAAUAUUUUAGGAUCCCCCAAGCAGUGAUUGCCAUGCCGAUUGAAACUGUAAUUCAUGUCAGUGUCGAAGCACUUGUAUGGAAAUGUGAUGCGUUUGGAUCAUUAGAUUGAGUCGGUAAUUAUAUCUGAUGUACAUUUGGUGAAGAAUAAUGCUAUCAACUCAUAUGAGCUGAGCUAGUACGCAUGAU